UCCAAUCACAGACUGCGAAGGUUUCGAGCCGCAAAAUACGGAAAAAGUCUCGCGUCGGUCCUAGCUUUCUGAUUCAGUCUGCGUUUAGUGAAAGUUGUUGGCUGCUCAGUGGUUAUUGUAGCAGCAUUUAACAACCCUUCAUUUACUGUAAGUGCUGAAAGUAGUUUUGUUUUUUCAGCGGCGUCUGUUAAAAUGUGAUAAAUGGAUAAGUGCCUAGCUAACGAUAUCCACUUGGCUAACUUAAACUACCCUUCAAAACUAUGAAGUUUACAUGAUUCAAAGCAAGUUUCAGCGAUGGAGAUCACACCUAAAGCAGCUAAAUUACAGAGGGACUGUUGUUCACCAUGUAGUUCAGUAGAGUCAAGCCCGUGUGACUACAAAGAGAAGCAUCAACCGAAGCUGAGUGCCUCACUGAGGGAGAGGCUGAAGAGAUCCAGGCGCUCCUUCAUCUCUCCCCUCUCUGUGGCCAAACGCCUUUGUGUUGAUGAUGAGGAGAAUGGCCAACAAGUUUCAGCAGAUUCCCAGCAACCCGUUAAUAAUCCUCCAGUGGUUCUAAGCAGUGUUGAUGUAAACAGAAAUGGGGAGAGAGAAGGGAGUAAAACGUUGUCUGGGCCUGCUCCCAAAUCAACACAAUAUCCUUCAGGAGACUUUGCACAACGUCUCAGGAAGGAGGUGAAAGACAAAACAGAGACUCUACGUAGACUCAAGAUGGUUAAAAUGUACAGAAGCAAGAAUGAUUUGACUCAUCUCCAAACAUUGAUUGAUAAGUGGCGGCAUUGUGCUCAAGCUGCGCUAUAUGAACUGCAAUCAGAAGUCCCUAUUGAUGGACGAAAAGCCAGCUUGUCUGAGCUGAUUGACCUGUUCAAUUUGGAUGACAGCAUUCUGCACUUUGACCGCACAGAGGACGACUUCACUACCUAAUAAAAUGUUACAGGGGAACAAUCAUAUUUCAGAUGUCCUGUUUAUUGUUUAAUUUGUUGCUGCUACAGUUCAAGUUGUACACUUUAUGUUCAAUUUAUCUGCUGAGAGAAGCUUAAAUAAAACCGUAAAAAUCUGUUGAAGAA